GUGGCCUAGUGCUUUGAUUAUGAGAUCGCGGACAGGGAGUCAGGACCCAAGGAGCUUCACCCCCAUUGAGGAGGAGCUGGACAGUCAGGGUAGCAUCCUAUAUGGGGGCUCCGUGUUGACGUGCUGCUCUCACUCAUCCACCCACAACGAUCGGACUGUAUCACAUCGGUACCUGACCUGAUCCGGGUGGACCUGUGGAGAAUGCAACGGAGCAAAGGGCUGUAUAGAUUCAUACUGAAACAGCAAGCAAAGAGCCAAACAACCAGGGCAACUGUAACUGGAUAAGGAGGGUUGUCACGAACAGUCAUGGGAUGUGGCGUCUCUAAGUCCAACCAGUUCCACAAACAUUCCAGGAAAGCCGUUACCACUAUAAGAGCCGCUGUCCUAAUUCAGCGAUGGUACCGGCAAUAUGUUGCUCGCACAGAGAUGAGACGGCGAUACACCUGGCACAUCUUCCAGUCCAUCGAAUACUCUGGAGAACAGGCCCAGAUCAAGCUUUACAACUUCCUUGGCUACCUCAUGGACAAUUUCACGCCCUCCAGCACAGAACGAAAUUUAAUCUCGCACAUCUUUAGAGAAAACGAUGUCUGUUGGGACACGGAAUGGGAGAGGUACUUCUGCUACAAGAACAUCGAAGUGCCAGAGGUUUACUCGGGGCCUCACCUCACCUUCCCCCUGACGGUGGAGCAGGCGGUCGGACUGCUGGAGGCCUUCAGGAACAAGAAACAGCUGCACUCUCGCUACGUGCUCGAGCUGCUCCUGGAGACGUGGAAGCUGCUCCGCCUGUUGCCAAACAUCAACCGCAUCUCCACCUGCCAGAGCAAGGAAGUCACCAUCUGCGGGGAUUUGCAUGGACAGCUGGAGGAUUUGCUGCUGAUUUUUUACAAGAAUGGCACGCCGUCCUUAGAAAAGCCCUAUUUGUUUAAUGGAGACUUUGUCGACCGAGGAAAAGACUCCAUCGAGAUCCUCCUCAUCCUGUUUUCGUUCAUGCUCGUUUAUCCGUGUGACGUCUACCUAAACAGAGGAAACCAUGAGGACCAUAUCAUCAAUCUCAGGUAUGGCUUCACCAAGGAGGUGUUGACUAAAUACAAGAUUCACGGCAAGCGGAUCCUGAAGCUGCUGCAGAAGAUUUUCAGCUGGCUGCCGUUGGCAUCUGUCAUCGAUCAGAAGGUGCUGGUCCUCCACGGGGGCAUCUCCGACUCCACAGACCUCGGCGUCCUGGCCAAAGCCAACCGGCAUAACUACGUCUCGGCUCUGAGGCCUCCGAAGAGGAGGAACCACAGCCCAGCGGCCAUGUCCAUCGACAUAGACAUGGAUAACGAACUGUGGAGCGCCAGUAAGAUCCUCCAGCGCCGGGCCUCCUUCACGUACCCCGAGCCCCUCGGACCGCGGGACUGCUUCCACAACCGCUCGCUGCAGGACUUCUCCACCCGGAUCAAGGCCAACAUGGAGAACGAGCUGGACAGCAGCAAGAAGAAAGAGAACAUACUGGCAGCGGCGCUCAACCGGUCACAGCACGAGAUUCUGUCCAAGUCCACCGACUCUGUGAGCAGCGACACCACCAAGGACGAGUGGAGGCAGAUCCUGGACGUGCUCUGGAGCGACCCCAUGAACCAGGACGGCUGCACGCCCAACGAGGUGAGGGGGGGAGGUUGCUACUGGGGCCCCGACAUCACCGAGGACUUCCUGAACAGAAACAACAUGCAGCUCAUCAUCCGCUCCCACGAGUGCAAACAGGAGGGCUACGAGUUCUGCCACAACCGGAAGGUCCUCACUCUGUUCUCUGCCUCAAACUAUUACGACGUGGGAAGCAACCGGGGGGCCUACGUGAAGCUGGGUCCAGACCUCGUGCCUUACGUGAUUCAGUACCAGGCCAGCAGCAUGACCAGAGAACUCACUGCCAGGCAAAGUGUCGGGCGAACCGAACGCUCGGCCCUGAAAGUCCUGCGGGAGCAGCUGUUUGCGCACAAGUCUGACCUCCUCUGUGCCUUCAAAAAGUUUGACUCCAAGAACACAGGUUUGGUGUCCCUGAACGACUGGGCCUCAGCGGUGGAGAGCGUGAUGCACCUGAACCUGCCAUGGAGGACGCUGCGCUGUCAGCUGGUCGCCUGCAAGACGGCCGACGGCACGAUCGACUACUGCGACUGGUUCAACGAGCUCGCUAUCAAGGGGCCCAACACAGACCACAUCGACCAGAGUCUACUGGAGACUUUGUACCGCCAUCGCUCCACUCUGGAGACCAUCUUCAGGAUCGUGGACACGGACAACUCAGGCUUCAUCAGCAUGGAGGACUUCCGGCAGACCUGGAAGCUGCUGAGCGUCUACCUGAAGAUGGAGAUCACGGACGAGGACAUAUGCAACCUGGCCGUGACCAUCGACAGCAACCAAGACGGCAGCAUCGACAUCGACGAGUUCAUGGAGGCCUUCCGGCUCACGGACAAGAAGAGCCGGCUGGAGCGGGGACGCAGCAUGUUCAUGGGCACGGCGUCGGACCUCACCAAGCUGGAGGACGAUCCCAGCGUCUGACGCGGAGGCUGUGAACGCGGCGGAGCGCGCAGAGGCGGGGCAGCGCACGACGCCAGCCGCUCUUGAUGACGCACACGACGACGCAGGACGGCAGCUGCUGCGCGGAUCAGAGGAGAUUAGGCGUUGGAUCUGGGGGAAAGUCCAUCUCUGCGUCUGAAGUGGCGUUAAAUAGUUAACAAAGCUGGAAUAAUGUGAUACCUGGACGAUGUGAUUUAAGUGUUAGACGAUGGUUACAUGGAUUCUUGAAUUUCCUACCAGAGAACUGCUAUAUUUUUAACAAGAAAAUGUGUUUGUUUUGUUUUUUUAACCAUGUAAAAGACUAUUUAGGUACAAGGUCGCGCACAUUUAUUUGGCACCUCUGGUAAACGUCUGUAAAUAGCCUUAAAAUAAAUUCAUGUUUUAUUGCACAGCUACACUCCUACA